AACAGUCGCUCGUCUGUCGCUACUUCCUUGAAAUCUGUUGUGAUCAUCUGUGUGUUGAGCAACUGUUUUGUGUACAAAUACUGUCAGUUUGUGUUGGUAAAUAAUAAGUGUUACUUGUAUGCUGAAAUUAAGUUAUAAGUGAAGUGAUUUUUAUUUAAAUUAUGGCUUCUGACGAAGAAAUGGAUGAAUCUUAUGCCGGAGAUGAAGAAGUAGAAGAAACCCAAAGAAGGGAUGGCACUGAAGAAAAUUCUUUGGAGUCCGAUGAAGAAAAACGAGUGGAGGACGAUGAUGAAGAUGCAGAAGUUGAUGAUGGUAGAAAGAAAAAGAAAGGCAAAAAGAGGAAAGCUCGGAGUGAGUCAAAGAAGGAAAAGAAGAGAAAGAAGAAGAAAAAAGCCGACAGUGCUGAGGAGAGUGACUAUGGUGGAGGGGAAGAAGAGGGAGGGGACUCGGACUACGGCCGCAAGUCAAGGAAGCGAGGCAGAGACUCUGGAACUAAACACUCUCAGGCCUCCACUCCGCAGCCUGCUCAGGAAAACUCAGGUAUGCCCACGGUGGAGGAGGUGUGUCAGACGUUUGGCCUGAACGACGUCCACAUAGAGUACACAGACGCAGACUUCCAGAAUCUCACAACCUACAAACUCUUCCAACAGCAUGUCAGACCACUACUGGCUAAGGACAACCCCAAGGUGCCGACAGGCAAGAUGAUGAUGUUGGUUGCUGCCAAGUGGAGGGACUUCUGCAACCUCAACCCGAACCAACAGGCAGAGUCAGACGGCGUCUCUGAGGAGCCAGACUAUACUCCCAAACCUAGCCGGUCCCGCUCCAAAUCUUCCGUGGCAACAGAAGAAGCCCUAGAAGAGGAUGAAGAAGAUGUUGAAGAGAAGGAAGAGAAGAGGGGUCGCAAAGGACGACGAAGCAGCAAGAAAGGAAACAGCAAAAAGAACACGCCCGUCGCGACGACCAAAGUUCCAACACUGAAAAUAAAAUUGGGAAAACGCAAACAGGCUAGUUCAGACGAGGAGGGAGACGAGAGCUUCGUUGGGUCAGACAGAGACUCUGACGCAGAGUUUGAGCAGAUGCUGCAGGAAGCUGAAGAGGCCAGUGUGAAGGAUCCGUCGGAGGACACGCCACCUGGAGAAGAGGUACAACCUGAUGCACCCAAGAAGAAAGCCAAGACAAAGAUUGGCAACAAGUCUAAGAAGAAGAAGAAGACCAAGACCACCUCUAAAUUCCCCAGUGGGGAAGGCCAGGACGGUUACGAGGUAACUGACCACCAGGACUACUGCGAGGUCUGUCAACAAGGUGGUGAGAUCAUUCUGUGUGACACGUGUCCCAGGGCGUACCACUUGGUGUGCCUGGACCCCGAGCUGGAGGACACGCCUGAGGGCAAAUGGAGCUGUCCUCACUGUGAGGCAGAGGGCACUCAGGAGCAGGAUGACGAUGAGCAUCAGGAGUUCUGCAGGGUGUGUAAGGAUGGAGGAGAGCUACUGUGUUGUGAUUCUUGCCCUGCUGCGUAUCACACUCACUGCCUCAGUCCCCCACUUACUGAUAUACCUGACGGCGACUGGAAGUGUCCCCGCUGCUCUGCGAAGCCACUAAAAGGUAAGGCACAGAAGAUCCUAACAUGGCGGUGGGUCACUCACCCGGAACCCAAGACUUCCGACGACCAAACAAGUACCAAGAAGAAGCGGCCGAUACGUUCACGGGAGUACUUUGUGAAGUGGCAUGAGAAGUCGUAUUGGCAUUGCGACUGGGUGUCGGAAAUACAGAUGGAGGUGUUCCACCCUCUGAUGAUCCGUAGUUACACUCGCAAGUACGACAUGGACGAACCUCCCAAGCUAGAGGAGCCACUUGAUGAAAUGGACAACAGGAUGAAGAGGAUCAAGGAGUUCAGUGUCAAUGAGACGGUUCUGGAAGAAAAGUUCUACAGGUUCGGAGUGAAGCCAGAGUGGUUGAUUGCCCACCGUAUCAUCAAUCAUCGCAACAUGCGCGACGGUAGCAUCUUGUACCUGGUGAAGUGGAGAGACCUUCCUUACGACCAGGCCACUUGGGAGGAGGAGAGUGAAGACAUCCCUGGACUAAAGGCAGCUAUAGAGUACUACCAUGAUUUGAGGGCUGCAAAUAGUGCAGAUGGAUCGAGAAAGAAGAAAGGAAAAGGAAAGAAAACGAAAGCAAAAGAAAUUGCAGACGAAGAGUUGGACCGUGAUCCUCGAAUGCCACGAAGGUACACACCACCUCCUGACAAACCGAUCUCAGAUCUCAAGAAGAAGUAUGACAAACAACCAGACUAUAUCGAACAGACGGGAAUGAUGCUUCAUCCCUACCAACUGGAGGGGCUCAACUGGCUCAGGUACUCCUGGGGUCAGGGCACCGACACUAUCCUAGCUGAUGAGAUGGGUCUGGGAAAAACCAUUCAGACCAUCACGUUCUUAUACUCCUUGUACAAGGAGGGUCACUGCAAAGGCCCGUUUUUGGUGAGUGCUCCUCUCUCAACAAUCAUCAACUGGGAGCGAGAGUUCGAGACCUGGGCGCCAGACUUUUACUGCAUCACGUACGUCGGCGACAAAGACUCUCGCGCAGUGAUACGCGAGCACGAGCUUUCGUUUGACGAAGGCGCCAACCGUGGGGGCCGAGCCGGCCGCGUGAGGUCCAACAAUCUCAAGUUCCACGUGCUGCUCACGUCCUACGAACUGAUCAGCAUCGACGUCACCUGCCUCGGCUCUGUGGAGUGGGCAGUGCUGGUGGUUGACGAGGCACAUCGACUGAAGAGCAACCAGUCCAAGUUCUUCCGUAUCCUGGCGUCAUAUAACAUCGCCUACAAGCUGCUGCUAACCGGAACCCCGCUGCAGAACAACUUGGAAGAACUGUUCCACUUGCUCAACUUCCUCACUCCGGAGAAGUUCAACGACCUCACCGUCUUCCAGAACGAGUUUGCGGACAUUUCCAAGGAGGAGCAGGUCAAGAGGCUGCAUGAGAUGUUGGGACCUCACAUGCUGCGGCGACUCAAAGCCGACGUACUCAAGAACAUGCCGACAAAAUCAGAAUUCAUCGUGAGGGUGGAGCUAUCUCCACUGCAGAAGAAGUACUACAAGUACAUCCUCACUCGUAACUUCGAGGCUCUCAACCCGAAAGGAGGUGGUCAACAGGUAUCUUUGCUGAACAUUAUGAUGGACCUCAAGAAGUGCUGUAACCAUCCGUACCUGUUCCCCGCUGCCAGCCAGGAGGCUCCUCUGGGCCUCAACGGGGCUUUUGAGCUGCAGAGUCUUAUCAAGGCUUCGGGCAAGCUCAUCUUGCUGUCCAAGAUGUUGCGGAAACUUCAUGACAGCGGCCACAGAGUUCUCAUCUUCUCCCAGAUGACCAAGAUGUUGGACAUCCUAGAGGACUAUCUGGAAGGGGAAGGCUACAAGUAUGAGAGGAUUGAUGGAUCCAUCACUGGUACACUCAGACAGGAAGCGAUUGACAGGUUCAAUGCCCCUGGAGCUCAGCAGUUCUGCUUCUUGCUGUCCACAAAGGCUGGAGGUCUUGGUAUCAACUUGGCCACAGCGGACACUGUCAUCAUUUACGACUCGGACUGGAACCCUCACAACGACAUUCAGGCGUUCUCUCGUGCCCACAGAAUAGGUCAAGCCAAUAAGGUUAUGAUCUACCGCUUCGUAACUCGUAACUCAGUGGAGGAGCGAGUGACGCAGGUCGCCAAGCGCAAGAUGAUGUUGACACAUCUGGUGGUGCGGCCGGGCAUGGGCGGCAAACAGGCAAACUUUACCAAACAGGAGCUGGACGACAUCUUGCGGUUCGGAACAGAGGAGCUGUUCAAAGAGGAGGAGGGUAAGGAAGAUGAGGCUAUCCACUACGAUGACAAGGCAGUAGAAGAGCUGCUUGACAGAUCCAAGAUGGGCAUUGAACAGAAGGAGAACUGGUCCAAUGAGUAUCUGUCCUCCUUCAAAGUGGCCAGCUACGUCACCAAGGAAGAAGAUGAGGAGGAGGAGGUGGGCACAGAAGUGAUCAAGCAAGAAGCAGAGAACACAGACCCUGCGUACUGGGUGAAGCUACUGAGACACCACUACGAGCAGCAGCAGGAGGACAUCAGCCGUACGCUGGGUAAAGGCAAGCGAGUCCGCAAACAGGUCAACUACACGGACGGGGGCGUGGUCGAGAGAGAGAACGUGGACGCGUCUUGGCAGGAGAACCUCUCCGACUACAACAACUCUGACUUCUCUGCACCAUCUGAUGACGACAAAGAAGAUGAUGACUUUGAUGAAAAAGCCGAUGGAAUUGAAGGUGGAAGGAAGAAGAGACGACCUGAGAGGAGAGAAGAGAAAGACAGACCUCUGCCGCCUCUGUUGGCUCGAGUUGGUGGUAAUAUUGAGGUACUUGGAUUCAACGCCAGACAGCGUAAGGCAUUCCUCAAUGCAAUCAUGCGCUACGGCAUGCCUCCCCAGGACGCAUUCAACUCUCAAUGGUGUUCCAGGCUGGUCAGGGAUCUCCGUGGGAAGAGUGAGAAGAACUUCAAGGCGUACGUGUCGCUGUUUAUGCGUCACCUGUGUGAGCCAGGGGCAGACAAUGCAGACACCUUCGCUGACGGAGUGCCUCGUGAAGGCCUCAGUCGCCAACAUGUCCUGACACGCAUUGGCGUCAUGUCCCUCAUCAGGAAAAAGGUGCAAGAGUUUGAGCACAUCAAUGGCUACUACAGCAUGCCUGAGGUAGUCCGCAAGCCAGUGGAGCCCGUGAAGGCAGCCGGGGAGGGAGGCAGUGCUACCCCCACUACUAGCACUAGCGCCACUCCUGCUACAUCUGCUGCCCCCUCUCCUGCACCAGCCAGCGGGGCGGACGGCAAGGACAAGGAAAAGGAGGGUGAAGAAACUGCAAUUAAGACAGAGGAACCGAAAGAGGGAGCAGAAAAAGAACAACCCAAAGAGGAAGGAGAAAGCAAACCUGCCAAGUCAGAAGAAACAACAGAACCUACCACAGAAGUGAAGAAGGAUGAGGCGAAGACUGAACCCGAAGCCCCUGUAGAUAAACCUGAAGCACAAAAGCCAGAAACAGAAGAGCCGAAAGAGGAGAAGAAAGAAGAAGAAAAGAAGGAAGGCGAAAAAGAGGUUGUGAAAACAGAUGAAAACAUGGAAGUUGAUGAAUCUGCUAAAAAAGAGACUGAGAAGAAAGAGGAUGGAGCAAGUGAAGUGAAGGAGGAAAAAGAAACUAAGGAAAAGGAGGGAGAAGAGGUUAAGAAAGAGAAGGCCGAGGGUGAAGAGGAAGUAGUAGAGAAGAAGAAGCCGGUAGGUCUGCCCGAAGAUGAAGAAAAGGACAAGAGCAAGCGCAAGUUCAUGUUCAACAUCGCUGAUGGAGGGUUCACCGAGCUACAUACAUUAUGGAUCAAUGAGGAGAAGGCAGCAGUGCCCGGCCGGGAGUACGAGAUCUGGCACAGGAGACACGACUACUGGCUGCUAGCUGGUAUUGUCACUCACGGCUACGGCAGAUGGCAAGACAUCCAGAACGACAUUCGCUUUGCCAUCAUAAAUGAGCCAUUCAAGAUGGAUGUCGGCAAAGGAAACUUCCUGGAAAUAAAAAACAAGUUCCUAGCCAGGAGGUUUAAGUUGUUGGAGCAGGCGCUGGUCAUUGAGGAGCAGUUGCGUAGAGCAGCCUACCUCAACCUGACACAAGAUCCCAACCACCCUGCGAUGUCACUCAACGCGAGGUUUGCUGAGGUCGAGUGUCUGGCUGAGAGUCACCAACACCUCAGCAAGGAGAGUUUGGCAGGCAACAAACCUGCCAACGCUGUGCUGCACAAGGUGCUGAACCAACUGGAGGAGUUGUUGUCUGAUAUGAAGUCAGAUGUGAGUCGUCUGCCCGCCACUCUAGCCCGCAUCCCUCCUGUGGCUCAGAGGCUACAGAUGAGCGAGAGGUCGAUACUGAGCAGACUGGCAGCCACCAGCUCCUCGCCCAACACUCCUACCACCACGUCCCAAUCAGGGAUGAUUAGCAGUCAGUUCCCCUCGGGAUUCGCCGCAGGUCAACUGCCCGGCAGCUUUGGCAACGCUAACUUCGCCAACUUCAGGCCACAAUACUCUGUUCCUGGACAAACCACAACUUCACAAGGAUUCCCUGUGAACUGAAUAACUCAAGAAGAUCCAUCAGAGCCGGUUUUUAACGAAGGACCACAGUUCUCGUUUGCUGUAUAAUUGCCAGGACUCAUUAAUCUUUAGUUAGUGUCGGAUAUAUGUAGAGCGUGGGUUUAAGUGAAGGGAUUUCGGUUUAAGGAGCCAAGUAUUAUAUGAGUGUAUUUUUAACGACUCGAUAUUUAUGUAAAGUUAGUCCUACCUUCCCCCACUCCUAGCUGAUCUCUUUUCUAUUGUAUAUGUACUGUAUUGUAUUUGAGCGAUAUGUUUUAUAUGAAAAGUGAUUUAUUUUAAUACGGCUUAUUGUUUUAGCAAAUGUUCGUUUACGAAGAUUGGUGAAAUUUUUGUAGUUUGGAUUCUUACUCUUUCUUGCACUUGUAUUUUGAGUAAAAUUCCAGAAGUAUUGCAAUAAAGUGCUCAGAAACUGG